GCUACUACUACUACAUGUAUACAUACUAUAUCUAAGUCCAACUCUUAUACCUCCGCAAAGACCAACACCUACAACAACCCCUACAACCCCGCAACAUGGACGACGAAGACGCCCCUCCCCAGUUGGUGGAUGUAUCCCAGCUGCCAGAGUCCGCGCCAUCGACGUCAGAGGACACCCCGGAGGCUCAAGCCCGCGUGCCCAUCACGCUUGUGACUGGCUACCUCGGAGCCGGCAAAACCACCCUCCUGAACUACAUCCUUACCGAGAAGCAUGGCAAGAAGAUCGCCGUGAUCAUGAAUGAAUUCGGAGACUCAACCGACAUCGAAAAGCCCCUCACAGUCAACCAAGACGGUCAAGAGGUGACCGAAUGGAUGGAAGUGGGGAAUGGCUGCAUCUGCUGCUCAGUAAAAGACUCGGGCGUAAUGGCCAUCGAAUCCCUCAUGGCCCGCCGGGGCACCUUCGACUACAUCCUGCUGGAGACCACCGGUCUCGCCGACCCCGGCAACAUCGCCCCGAUCUUCUGGGUCGACGACAACCUAGGCAGCAGCAUCUACCUCGACGGGAUCGUCACCCUCGUCGACGCGAAGAACAUCCUGCAUCUACUCGACGAGCCGACCCCGGAGGAGACGGUGUCCAGCCACACCACCACCACCACCACCACCACCAGUCAAAAACACGACCACCACCACCACCCCGCCAACACCCCCAUCCUCUCAAUGGCGCACAUGCAAAUCUCCCACGCGGACGUGAUCAUCCUCAACAAAGCCGACCUGGUCACGAGUCAGGAACUCGCGCGCGUCCGCGACCGCAUCGUCGCCAUCAACAGCGCCGCCCGCAUCCACGUCACGGACCACAGCCAGACGCCGCGGAUCGAGGGCGUGGUGCUGGAUCUGCACGCCUACGACCACCUCGACGACGCGGCGGUCGAUUUCGCGCAGAAGGGACACAGUCAUAUCGAUCCGGCGAUUUCCACCAUCGCGCUUACAACCCCCCGAAUCACCCCGGCGCAAGUACCCCUCGUCGAUGAGUGGCUGCGCUCGGUUCUGUGGGACUCGAAGCUCCCGGGGAUCGCUGGGCGAGAAGCGCCAGCCACCACCAAGAUGGACUUUGAUAUUCAUCGGUUGAAGGGCAUCCUUGCGAUCGAGGAUGGAACGACCCGGAUCAUCCAGGCCGUGCGGGACGUGUUUGAGAUCCGGGAUGCCGAGCCUGCGGAGGACUCCAAGACGCGGUGCAAGAUUGUGCUGAUCGGGCGGGGACUCGGGGCGGAUGCGCUUCCAUGGCAGCGCAAUUUCGAGGAAUAUCUCAAGCGGGACCGGAAAUGAGGGCAAUGAUUGAGAUGAUUAGGUCAUGAUGUGAUGUCUGUGAGACCAGCUUCGGAUAACCAGAAUUCAUGUCGAAUGUGAGCACUGGCUAGACGCAUAGGGGAAAGCUCAGGACUCAAGUCCAGAAGAACAGAUGAGGGAAUGAUACCAC